AAAAAAAAAAAUUCAUAUCAAAACAAAUACACAAAAACAUGAAAUUGUUGCCGGUUAAUGUUCAUUGGUUGGAAUGUGUGUAAACGCGCGCUAAGCGGGAAAAAAGUGGCGCGACAAAAAACGUAAAAGUAUUUAAGUCUGCUAUGGAUUUAUGCUGAUUGCACGGGAUUACUGCGUAAAUUGGAAAGGAUUCAACAUGAAUUCCAUUCAAUUCUUUAUCGCCGCACUUUUGGCAACUAUUGACAUACACAUGAAUCAGGCGCUCUACCUCUCAAACCUCUCCGUCCCGCGAAUAAUCGAUGCCGCACAAAGAGCCAAAUUAUUUUGCAGUUAUGAAAUGGGUAAUCGCACACUCAAUUCAGUUAAAUGGUACAAAGACGGACAAGAGUUUUUCAGAUACUCACCGUUGACUCCGCCGACUACAAAUUGGUUUCCCGUCAAAGGUGUCACCAUCGCUGAUGGCUCAUCGCACUGCAAUCAAUUCAUCUGCAAUGUCGAACUGGAGAAACUCAAUGUCCAUUCGUCCGGUUCAUAUCGUUGCGAGGUAUCCGGUGAUGCGCCCGAAUUUAAAUUGAUCGAUAAAACAGCCAAUAUGACAGUGGGUGUUUUACCCAAAUUCGAUCCGUUCAUCAGCGGCAUUGUACAUCCGUACCGAUAUGGGGAUUUUCUGGCAGUUAACUGCAGUUCAGAGUGGUCAAAUCCCGCCGCAACACUUACGUGGUACAUCAACAACAAAACGGCAGCACUAAACAGCCUACAGCCGCAAGUCAAUGAAAUCACACGCAACACAGCCGGUUUCAUGCUAUACGCCAGCUCAUUGCAGCUCCGUGUACACAUCGAUGACCCACGUUUCAUAUCAAAAAGUGAAAUUCUCGAAUUGAGAUGUGUGGCGGAUAUUAUGGGCAUGUCGAAUGUGCGACGUGAAAGUAAGGUGCGCGCAACAAUUUUGGCGCUACGUGAUGCAGGACACAAACAACGACUAUUAGGGCAAAGCAAUGAUGGUGAGACGAAAUCUGGAAGUAGUAGAUGUGAGAGUGAAG